AAGUUAGAGAAGUAACCCCACCAACAGAGCGAGGGCGCGCAUAGAGACGCAAAGAUAAAAAGGGCGACAAUCAUCAGAAACAAAAAGCCUUCCCUUCUCCUGCGAUCCACUUUGAGCAAAGGAGGUGGUGCUUAGCCAGAGAUGAGAGUUAACAAUAACACGACAUCAAACCCGAAACCCGUAGAAAGCACAAUCGGCCUCGAGCCCACAUCGGUGCUGGACCUGUGUAGAAGUCCCACCCCUGAGAAGGCAGUGGCUGCGCUGGUGGCUACUGCACCCAACACACAGCAAGAGUGUCUUGACCAGCUGGAGGACCAUGUGCUUCACAAUCUUGAUUGGGACUCCAUCAUGAAGGAUCUUGGAUUCCAUGAAGACUCCAACCCACCCUUGUUCAAGACCACCCUCCCUAAUGUCCCUGACUUCUCUCCUUCCUUCGACCCACACUCCGAAUUUCCAGACAUCCAAACCAUGUCCUACAACUACGCCAACGCCACUGCCACCCUCGACCACCUCCUCCAUGACACCUCCAAUAAUUCUGCCGCCACCGGCUUCGAUUUCAUAGAAGAGCUCAUCCGUGCUGCCGAUUGCUUCGACACCAACCACCUCCACGUCGCUCACGUCAUAUUGGAGCGACUCAAUCAACGCCUCCGAUCCCCUGCGGGUGCAAAGCCUCUCCAACGCGCCGCCUUCUACUUCAAGGAAGCUCUCCAGGGCCUCCUCUCCGGUUCCAAUCGCACUCCGCGUUUCUCCUCCCUCGUUGAGAUCGUCCACUGCGUCAGAACAUUCAAGGCCUUCUCUGGAAUCUCGCCGAUCCCUAUGUUCUCCAUCUUCACCACCAACCAGGCGCUCCUUGAGGCUUUUCAUGGCUCCUCCUUCAUGCACGUCCUUGAUUUUGAUAUCGGAUUAGGGAUCCAGUAUGCUUCGCUCAUGAAGGAGAUUGCAGAAAAGGCGGAUUCCUUGAAACACGGAUCGCCGCUUCUGCGCAUCACCGCCGUGGUUCCCGAAGAGUACGCCGUCGAGAGCAAACUGAUUCGGGAGAAUCUCAGCCAGUUCGCGCACGAGCUCAGGAUCCGCGUCCAGGUCGAGUUUGUGCCCCUCUGCAACUUCGAGACGCUGUCUUUUAAGGCGGUGAAGUUCGUCGAUGGCGAGAAAACCGCCGUUCUUCUCUCGCCGGCGAUAUUCCGACGGCUCGGUUCCGCUGGGAGCACCGCGGCCUUCCUGGCGGACGUUCGGAGGGUUUCGCCGAGCGUGGUGGUGUUCGUGGACGGGGAGGGGUGGACGGAAGCUGCGGCAGCGGCGUCGUUCCGGCGCGGCGUGGUGAGCAGCCUAGAGUUCUACUCGAUGAUGCUGGAGUCGCUGGACGCGUCGAUGGUUGCGGGAGGGGAGUGGGUGAGGAGGAUCGAGAUGCUUCUGCUGCGCCCGAAGAUACUAGCGGCGGUGGAGGGAGCGGGGCGGAGGGUUCCGCCGUGGAGAGAGGCUUUCUAUGGUGCCGGAAUGAGGCCGGUGCAGUUAAGCCAGUUCGCAGAUUUUCAGGCGGAGUGCUUGCUGGCUAAGGUGCAAAUCAGGGGCUUCCACGUGGCAAAACGCCAAGCUGAGCUUGUGCUCUUCUGGCACGAGAGGGCCAUGGUUGCCACGUCAGCUUGGCGAUGU